AUGGGUCUAAAAGAACCUUCAAGCUCAAGACAGAUCCCAGAACUGCUGGAGUAUAUAGAGAAGACAAAGACUAAAACAUAUUCAACUCAGAAGUUUGUGAAAGCUCAGAAGAACAGAGGCAGACGUGAAGCAGAGGAGAAAUAUAAAGAAGAACUUAAGAGACUGAAGAAUAAAAUCAGAGAGCUUCAAGAAAAGGGUCAGUCAGAAGGUGCUGAUUGUACAGAAGAUCUGCAGUGUCUCAGGAUUGUGUUGAUUGGAAGAACAGGAAAUGGAAAGAGUGCAACAGGAAACACUAUUCUGGGAAGAGAGGAGUUCCUAAGUCAAGCAAGCAUGGAUUCAGUGACGACUGUCUGCGAGAAAGAAGUUUGUGAAGUUGAUGGUCGAUCAGUAGCUGUUGUUGAUACUCCAGGACUCUUCGACACGGCACUGACAAAUGAACAAGUGGUGGAAGAAAUAGCGAAAUGUGUUUCACUGUCAGCUCCUGGACCUCAUGUGUUUAUCAUUGUGUUGACUUUGGGAAGAUUCACAAAAGAGGAGACAGAAACUAUUGAUCUGAUCAAGAAGAUAUUUGGUACAAAAUCUGCUCAGUUCAGCAUCGUUCUGUUCACCAGAGGAGACGAACUCAAAGGUCAGCCUAUAGAGGAUUAUGUGACAAAAGGACGCAAUCCAGACCUGAAGAAACUGAUCAGCGAUUGUGGAAACAGAUUCCUGGCUUUCAAUAACAAUGAAAAACAAGACAAAACUCAAGUGAUCAAACUACUAAAGUUGAUUGAAGAGGUGAAGAGUAAUAAUCAGGGUCGAUACUUCACUAAUGACAUGUUUGAGGAGGCAGAGAUGUCCAUUAAGAAGAAGAUGGUGAAAAUACUGAAAGAGAGAGAAAGAGAGAUUCAGAAACAGAAAAAAGAGUUACAAGACAAAUAUGAGAUGGAGAUGAAGCACAUGAUGAAGAGACUCGAGAAAGAAAAACAAAGAGCCGAAGAGGAGAGAAGGAAAAUGGAGAAUCAACUGAAGCUGAAAGAGGAAAAACUCAGAAAAAAGUUUAAAGAGAAGGAGAAAACAGAACAGAAGAAACGAGAGAUUGAACACCAGAAACGAUUAGAAGAGGAAAAACAGCAGAGAGCUGAAUAUGAUCAGAGAAUAGAAGAAAUGAUGAGAGAGAUCGACAAUCAGAGAUCACAGUAUGAACAACAGCAGAAAGAAAGAGAAGAAGAAGACAGAAAGAGAGAAGAGAAAUACAGACAAGACCAAGAAAAGAUGAGAAAUGAACAAGAGAGAAUUAUAGCAGAGGUACAGAGAAAACAAGAGGAGGAAAUAAAGAAGAGAGAAUUGGAGAAGAAAAGAAGAAAUGAAGAAGAAGAGGGGGAGAGACAGAGAUGGGAAAGAAGAAUAAAAGAAGCUGAAAAUGAGAGAAAAGAGAUUCAAGAAGAAAUAAAACAACAGCAGAGAGAAUGGGAGGAUGAGAUGAAGAGAAGGUUGAGAGAACGAGAGGAAGAAGAAAGAAAACGAAAAGAGAAACACGAAGAACAACUGAGAGAAAAACAAGAAGAACUGGAGAAAAUGAGAAAGAGAUUUGAAGGAGAAAGAGAAGAAGAACGACAGAAGAUGGAGGAGGAGAGACUUAAACAGAGAAGAGAAAGAGAAGAAAAGGAGAGAGAAUAUGAGGAAAAGAGACAGGAGACAAAGAGACAUUAUGAGGAGCUGGAGAAAGAGAGAAAAGAGGAGUGGGAGAGAAGAAAACAUGAAGAUGAAGAGAGACGAGAAGAAGAGAGAAGGAGAUGGAAGAAAAUGAUUGAAGAUCUGAAAAGAGAGCAGGAUGAGGAGAUCAGGAGAAGAGAAGAAGAAGAGAAAGAAAGACUAAAGAGAGAAGAGAAAGAGAGAGAUGAAAUGAAACAGAAACAUGAAGAGGAAAUAAAACAGAUAAAGAAGAAACAUGAAGUUGAAGCCAGAAAACAAGCAGAAGAGUCCAAUGAUUUCAGGGAGAACAAAGAGCAGCACAUUCAGGAGCUUCAGCAGAAGCUGGAAGAACAUAAACAAAAGGAAUUAUUGGAGAAACUUUGCCAACAUCUUAAAGAUGAGAAAAGUGAAGAAGUGAAAGAACUGAAGAGAGGGAUUGAAGAUUCAAAAAAGAAAUGGUGUAGACUCAUGUGA